AUGCUUGUAAUUAUACUGCUGUUGGUUACCUUCUCAUUUAGCGCAGUUGGAUGUGAAGAGCACAGGAAGAUCGACGCUAACGAACCGCUGAUCUUGACUGUAUCGCCAAAACUAUGGAAUCUUCUCGAAACAAAAGCGAACAUUAUCAGUGAUACGAUAAAAUCAAUCACAUUUCCUGAGUUCAGCGGAAAGAAGGGCUUGUUAAAGUAUCGUAUCUGGGAUGGCAGAGUCGAACAUUUCUCAUUGCCGAAGUCUGGCGUUUCUUUCCAGGACAUGAGCAAUGGUGUUCAUCUCAGCAUGAAGGAUGUGCAGUUUCACGCCAGUGUGAGGGGAAGACUAGAAAUUGGAAAGAAGAUAUUUGGGAAGUGGGUGCGUCUCGCUAGAAUGAGCGGGCAUGUCAAGGGGAAGUCUGAAAAUGCGAAUCUCGAUUUAAUAUUGAAAUGGAACGACUUCAAAUUCGUCCCGACUGUCUCAAUGAAUUCAAAUGUACGCGUGGAUUUCACUGAUAAUUUAAGAAAAUUAAACUUCCUCAGGAAAAAAGUGCAAAAAAUGGUAACAUCCAAGGCCAACAGUGAAAUACCAAAGAAGAUAGUUGAGGCAAUAGAGCGACAGGUGAACCCUCGCCUCCAAAAACUGAAAGAGAAGAUGAUUUCUAUGGGAUUUGCGGAGUACGAUAUCGAGUGGACGGUUCAGAACAACAUUCUACGCGUAAUGGUGAAGCCCAAGAGUUUUAGUGGAAAAGGGUCUGUUUCGCCGGUGAUCCCAAUCGACAACAUGUUAUGCGUCAAUGGGAACGUGCUAGCAGUGAUCAAUGCAUUCCCACUACGAGUGAAAAGAGCUGCGACUACAACUGGAAUCGAAUUCACCUGUGUGGCACCGAAGUUCAGCUGCAAAGGAGUGUCUUGCUCUCUAUGCACAGAUAUCGACAUUAAUCCUGCAGCUGUGAAUUCCACAGACAAAUUCCAUAACUGUAUGCCGUCGUUUUGA